ACAAUAGUUUAGUUAUAAUCUUCAUUGAUGUGACUUCUUUUAAAAUAUUGCCAAAAUGUGGCACGAGGCUAGAAAGCAGGAGAAGAUGAUCCGGGGGAUGAUCGUGGACUACAGAAGACGAGCCGAGCGUCGAAAAGAUUUCUACGAGAAGAUUAAAGCUGAGCCAACACAAUUUUUACAACUACAUGGCAGGCCGUGUAAGAUACACUUGGACCCAGCUAUAGCUGCAGCAGGAGAGGGCCCGGCUAUAAUGAUGCCUUGGCAAGGAGAUACAAGCAACAUGAUUGACAGAUUUGAUGUUAGAGCCCAUUUAGAUUAUAUCCCGGAAGUGAAAAAUCCUUUUGUUGCCCCUGAAGAUUUGAGCCAAGAAGAGAGGCAAUGUAACUACGAAAGUUACAGGAUUCUGGCACAGAAUGCGUUUCUUGGAAUAAGUGAAGACAAAUUCUUGCAACAAUUAGCAAUUGAGGAACAAUUUGGUGUAACUAUCGAAGAGAAGGAGAUGCAAAAAGAGAGGUUAAAUGAAAAGAAAGGGACGGGUGCUGCUAUAGGAUACAAUUAUAAUGACCCCGGAGCACAACCGUCUUGCUCCAACCCUACUGGCCCUGAUGUUAAAAAAACAGAACUGCCGGAGGAUUCCGACGAUGACUCUGAUCUGGAAAUCAUUGAUGUGGAUCUGAGUAUAGAUGUCAACAAGAUGGAGGCUUCACAGGCUCAUGAGUUGAACAGUGUGGGUCCCCUGUUUGGCAUGGCGGGCUGCGACCUGUUCUCGUUCCUCACCGGAGACGCUGAUGAUGCUGAGCAUCAGAAGCAGCUGCUGCGGGAAGAAAAGGAAAAAGCCAUGUUCUCAGGACGCAAGAGUCGGAAGGAGAGAAGGGCUCAUAGGGAUAAGAAGCUACAGCACCGCGUGGUAAGCCCCCCGGCCUACGCAGCCCCGCGCGCUAGCUCGGAGGCUGCUAGGUCCGUGAGCCGCUCCGCCAGCCGCAGCCCCGAGCCCGCGCCGCAGAUACAGUUCAUCACCUCCUUCGGCCAGGACGACGAUGAGGUCAAACCCCCACCUCCAAUAAAACCUCUGUAUGCUGAUAAAUUAAAACAGAACCUGAAACCGGAAAUUCUGUAUUCUGACGUUGCUAGAAAACCACCAGCGAGGUCACCACCACCACACAAUGAUUACCAAGGCCCGAGGCCGUUCAUGGGUCCGCACCGGCCCCGCUCCCGCUCUCGCUCGCGCUCGUACUCGCGCUCCCUCUCCCGCUCCCGCUCGAGGUCAAGGUCGAGGUCGAGGUCAAGGUCGAGGUCCCGCUACUCGUCGUCCAGGUCGCGCUCCUACAGCCCCCAGCGGCGGUCGAGGUCUACCUCGAGACCGCGCCAGUACAGGAACAGACGAUCUAGAAGCCCGCCCAAUUACGGUAAACGUAAUCGCUCGAGGUCCAUGUCUUACGAAAGCAUCGACAAGGGCGGUGCUAGGGCGGCGGUGCCGCGGUACUACGGGCGCCGCAAGGAGGACAAGUCCUCCAGCGAACUCUCGCUAGACUCCGACUCCAGCGACACGCCCGACGACGGGAAACGCACGUCGGCGGUUAAAUCCAACACAAACCAGAAUCAGUUACGAUUAACUGGAUCCAGCUCCAAAGGCUCAUCGCGGCAAACUAAUUCCCUCAAGGAAAAGCUCAAAAAGAAGAUGCAGGCUCAGCUAUCAAGGCAACUGCGGGCAGACAAGCGGGCUGAGGCGGAGCGUCUGGAGCGCGAGUCGCGGCGGCAGGCGCGGCGCGACGAGGAAAUGCGCGAACUCGCCAUCAAGCUGCGACGCAAGCAACGUGAAAUGCGGCAUCAGCAGAACAGAAGGUCUAGCGACGAUGAUUCGGACGCAAGUCACAGUGGAUCGUCAAGGGACUCGCCCCCGCCGGAAAAGAAGGACGAGGGGACUCGCUCGAAAAGCCCCUCCCCGACGCCAAAAAAGAUACCGGUGUGGGAAACUAACCGGGACGCCCCGCGAGGCCCCCCGGACGCUUAUAGAAACAGGCCCGACGCCGGCGAGGGCUCGCACGAGCCCCCGGCCCGGAGGUACGAGCCCCCGGCCCGGAGGUACGAGCCCCCGGCCCGGAGGUACGAACCCGACCGCUUCGACCGGCCGCCCCCGCCCUACCCGCCCCCGAGGUACCUCGACUACGAGAGUCGCACCUCCGACAGGCAGGAUCACGGCACACACGAGCAACAGCAGAGUAGAUGGGAUCAGAGCAGCUCCUCGGCGGCGUGGAGAAGGCCGUACGGGCCCCGCGGCGGGGGCGGCGGGUACCGCGCCCCGCCCCCCGCCUGGCGCGCGCGGCCCCCACCGCCCCGCGCCCCGCCGCCGCCCCCGCUCCCGCCCGACCACGACCGAGCCGCUUCCAGCAGGAGCAGAGUCAAGCUCGUCGACUAUUAA